AUGAGCUUGGAAAGUUUUGUACAGUAUAUUCACUGGGAGGUUUCAAUCAUGAAGGCUUGUCUAAUUGUUGCUAUAUUCCUCGUUGUGGGUUACACAGUUGUAACUUCGGCUGCUGAAAUUGGCGACGCUGAUGCGCCUCACACGAUGGUUAAAAGAGAAACGAUACAAGGGCCACCUCUUCCAGGGCGCUGUGUGUUUUACGAGUGCAUUGCAAGUUGCAGACAAAGAGGAUACAAGUCUGGCGGAUACUGCACUUUGAAUGGAUGCCAAUGUCUUCGAUAAUAUCAAGUACUAUUCUGAGAAGGCUGCCAAUUCAGUCUUUUAUUAAUUUUAUACAAUACUACAGUAUUAAAAUUUUACAAUUAUUAUACAGCAUGUAUAAUCUAAGACUUAGACUAUAUGAAGGUACUCCUAUUAGUUUAUGACACAUAGUACUAAAUACUUGUAACAGUUAAUGGUAUCAAAUCACCAGUGUUCAACUGCAGUAAAUUCAGAAAUAAACUGUAAUCGAUUGUAUUGUAACCGAAAUAAAUAAAAUCCUUGUUUAUUUACUUCUAA